UUACUCCUCCUCCAAUCAUCACCGCUUUUAUCUUCUUCCCACAAAACCUGAAAACACACACACACACACACUCCCACCCAAAGAAAUUUACUUUCCCCAUGGCUUCCUAUGCUUUAUCCCCUGCCAUCGCCCCUUCUCAGCUCUGCUCGGGCAAGAAUGGGAUGAGCGCGUCGUCGACACGCGCCGCCCUGGCGAAGUGCGUGAGGAACGGAAAAGAUAUGAGGAUGAAGGUGAGGUGCAUGGCGACGAGCAUCCCGGCAGACAGAGUUCCCGACAUGGGAAAGAGGGAGCUCAUGAAUUUGCUUCUCCUCGGCGCUCUCGCUCUUCCGACCGGCGGGAUGUUGUUUCCUUACACUUACUUCCUCGUUCCACCUGGUUCGGGAGGGGGUGCCGGUGGUACGCCCGCAAAGGAUGCAUUAGGUAAUGACGUAAUUGCAGUUGAAUGGCUCAAAACCCACGGCCCUGGCGAUCGAACCUUGACACAAGGACUUAAGGGUGAUCCUACAUACCUUGUCGUGGAGAGCGAUAGAACACUCGCAACUUUCGGCAUAAACGCUGUUUGUACACAUCUUGGUUGUGUUGUGCCGUUUAAUCAAGCCGAGAAGAAAUUCAUUUGCCCUUGCCAUGGUUCUCAAUACAACAACCAAGGAAGAGUUGUUAGGGGACCCGCUCCUCUCUCUUUGGCUUUGGCCCAUGCAGAUAUCGAAGAUGGUAAGGUGGUGUUUGUUCCGUGGGUCGAAACUGAUUUCAGGACCGGUGAGCAGCCAUGGUGGUCAUAGAUAUAUAGAUAUGUCAAUAUAUAUGUAUAUCUCUCUUUUUUCGUGUAUCUAUAUGUUUGUAUGGAUGUGUGUUUCUCAAGAGAAAAACUUGAAGCUUUUGCUAUAGCAUAUUUGCUAUAUUCAGCUACAUGCAUUCUUGUAUAAUGAUGCACAAUUGGCGCUUUUUAAGUUAUACAAAUUUUAUGUCCAUAAA